AACAUAUUUGUUUUUUACAAAACACAUUUUAACAAUUAAAACCCUUAAUUCAGCAAAACUCAGCUUUACCCUUCAUAUCAGAAACGAGUCGCAGUGAGCUCAAUUGGCCGUGAAAACCAAAACCUUGCCGGAAAACGUUUCGGACUUGCUCGCCGGCCGCCACAAACAACUUGAUGGGAAAAGAGAACCAAUUAUCAGCUAUGGAAGUCGAUGAUCCAAAAUCAACGAAUUCCGAUCAGAUACUUCCCAAAUUCUCUAUAAACGUAUUGCAGCUCUUAAAAUCCGCACAAAUGCAGCAUGGUUUGCGCCACGGAGAUUACACCCGCUAUCGGAGGUAUUGCUCAGCUCGAUUGAGGAGGUUGUAUAAAUCUUUGAAGUUUACCCAUGGUCGUGGCAAAUAUGCAAAAAGAACCUUAACCGAGUCUAAUGUCACUGAAGUAAGGUUUCUUCACGUGAUUCUCUAUUCGGCAGAGAGAGCUUGGAGUCAUGCCAUGGAGAAAAGGCAGCUUCCGAAUGGACCAAAUGCUUCUCAGCGUAUCUAUCUGAUUGGUAGGUUGCGGAAGGCAGUAAAAUGGGCUACUUUGUUUUCACAAUUGUGUGCAGUCAAGGCAGAUUCUAGAACAUCUUUGGAAGCUGAGGCUUAUGAAUCUUAUAUGAAGGGGAGUUUGUUGUUUGAGCAAGAUCAGAACUGGGAUGUGGCUUUAAUGCACUUCAAAAGUGCUAGGGCUGUAUACGAGGAAUUAGGGAAAUAUGGAGAUCUGGAUAACCAAGUUUUGUGUCGUGAGCGGGUUGAGGAACUAGAACCUAGUAUCAGAUACUGCCUACACAAAAUUGGCCAGUCAAAUCUACAAGCCUCUGAACUAUUAAACAUUGGCGAUAUGGAAGGACCUGCACUAGACCUUUUUAAAGCUAAACUAGAGGCUGCCAUGGCUGAGGCAAGAUCUCAACAAGCUGCUUCCAUGACAGAAUUUAAUUGGCUUGGCCAUAGAUUUCCAAUAUCAAAUGCCAAAACAAGGGUUGCCAUUUUGAAAGCCCAGGAGCUGGAGAAAGAUAUACAUGGUCCGUUGGCAGAAAAUAUUUCAGCAGACAAAAGACUGGUUAUUUUUGACAAAAUCUUUUCCGCAUACCAUGAAGCUAGAGGCUUUAUUCGGGCUGAUUUGGCCACUGCAGGAAGUGCAGAAAGUGUGAAAGAUGAUUUGAAUGGUCUUGAUAAAGCUGUCAGUGCUGUCUUAGGGGAAAGAACCAUUGAGCGCAACCUCUUGUUGGUCAAGGUUGCAAAAAGUAAACUUGCAAAGCGCAGUGAUGAUAAAAAUGAAAAAGUUACCAAACCUGAAGAGCUUGUUCGCCUAUAUGAUCUCUUACUACAGAAUACAUCUGAUCUAUCUGAUUUAGUCAGUUCUGGAAGGGACCAAAAAUCAGAAGAAGUUAGCUUUGCUGAAGAGUGUUCAUGCAAAACUUUGGCUUUUCGAGCAGAAAGGUGCUUUUAUGUUGCAAAGUCAUACAGUGUGGCUGGAAAGAGGGCCGAAGCAUAUGCUUUGUACUGUCGUGCUCGUAAUUUAGCUGAAGAUGCCUUAAGAAAGCUUCAAAUGUUAGAUGGCAAUAGUAAGACUAUGAUAAAAGAAUUAGAUGUCUUGUGCAAUGAAUGCCGUUCCAACAGUUGUAUAGAACAUGCAUUGGGGAUCAUGGAGGAGAAGAGGACUCAAGAGAAUAUCUCCGAAGGAAUCUCCAAUAUAUCAUUGACUGGAGCUGAGCGGUUGGAGAAGUUCCUAUUGGAGAAACUUGAUGUUUAUGAAUCUGCUGUGGGUGAUUCAAAUGUGAAAUCUGCACCCCGCAUUGCAACCUUCCCUCCAGCUUUCCAGGCAAUUUCUCGUAACCCUAUUGUGCUCGACCUGGCUUAUAACACCAUUGAAUUCCCAGACAUUGAAAAUAGGAUGAAGAAAGAUAAGAGAGCAAAGGGCGGCUUUAUAAGUAGAAUAUUUGGAUGAGUAUACUUGAUUAGGUGUUUGGUUCUUUAAAACGAAAAGUUCUUGAAAACUGAUCGGGUAGUUUACUUUGUUGAAUAUUAUGUUGAAUUUUGAGUUGAUAUAAAAAUUUUGAGUGGUCUAGAUAUUUGGAAAUUUGCAGUGGAGAUAUUGUUUUUGGUCACCGGUUUUUAUUUUGUUACAAUCACUGAAGUAGGAUGGGAUUUGCUCCCAAAAGAAGUUAACUGCAGUUAUAUUUACAAAAAAGUACUAUAUACUAUUUACAUUUUGUAUGUA